AUGGCCAAACUAGAGGAGGAUCUGGCUGCCCUGAAGGUGAUUGUUGCGACCACGUCUGCCGUGAUCGCUCAACUGCAAACCUCAAUAUGCGGGACCGAGAAUAAAACCCCCCAAUCUGACUCCGUCCCAGAUAUUGAUGCACUCAAACUCGCCCAGGAUUCAGCGGCUCUGAUACGAGCGCACUCGACGAAACUAUCUCUUCUGAUCAUCAAUAAGCCGUUUACAGCCACUGCAAUUUCUACAGUUUUGCGAGAACUUAUUGCUGGCCCGUUGCCUGGACUGGCCUCGGCCGUGGAACUUUGCAAUGCCGCACAAUACACGAAAGCGAUGAGCGUCGAGUUGCAAUGGCGGGCAAAGAAGGUGUUCUCCGAGUUUGCGACGCUAGUAAAAACUAUUCCGCUCAAUGGGCAAGUCCUGGGCAAUGAUGAAAAGAAUGGGAGGGGCAGUACAGUUGGGAAGGGAAGUCUGGCGUCCACCGGUGUAGUUUGGGAGGCUUGUGAUACGGUGAUUGAAUUGGAAAAGCUGGGCAUUGCAGGCCUGAUGAUUAAAAAGGCGGAACAAUAUCGGGAUUUGUUGAAAGAUGCAUUGGAGGAGCUGCAAGAAUGGGGAGAGGAGCAGUCCGACGACGAAGAUAACGACGAAGGUCGCGCUGAUGACAGUGAUGAUGAAGGUGUCGACAAAGGUGGCCAAGAUGAUAUGGACAACAUAUUUGGCUCUCAAUUGCAUAUUCCCUCGGAGGACCCGAAUAAGAUCAGACCUCGGUUGGAGUCUGCUCUGAAAAGACUGCGUCUCAUAAUCUUGAUGUAUCAAGCGCUGGUGAAGCGGCGUCUCAAGACACUACCGCCUCUGCGCUCAAAAGUUCAGCUGGAGCCGGGGACUACGACCAUGGAAACCCCGGAGAUUAUCAGUUGCUUGGACACUGCCAUGAGUUUGUUGAACAAAGUCCCUCAUAUCACGGAUGAGCUUGCCAGUUCAUUCUACGAACUUGACAAGACAGAAAUCGACCAAAAGAUAAAAGAAUGUGUCAGUACGAGUAUUGCAGCAGCCAAAUUACUCGAAAAAAGUUGGAAAGGAGCGGAGGAUGAGUUUACUACUUGGUCGCAAAAAUUUGAGGUCAACAUACAGAAAGGCCAAUAA